CGCAGCCCGACCAGGGCCGGCCGCUCGCCUGUGCGCCCGCCCGGCCGAGGGGACGACGCGACGAACGUGACGGACCUGCGGCAGCGACUGGGCGCCAUGCUCGGCCACCGCCGCCGCUGCCGCGACUUCAACGAGCGAGGCGCCUGCCUGCGCGGCGAGCUGUGCAAGUUUGACCAUGGUCCGGCGCCUCUGGUGGUGCAGAGGGACGACGCCACCAGCGUCACGGCGCCGUUCAGUUGGCCAGUACCGCCGCCGGCCGCCGCUGGCGGUCAGGACACGGAAGAUCCGUGCCAGCCGGACUUCGCUGGACCGACGGCGAACGGCCGGCCGGGCUCUCCGCCACUCGGACUGGCCCUGCCGCCCCCGCCUCCCCGCCAGCCCGGCGCGGCUGCAGACGGCGAGGGCGCCGCCGGCGGGACCGGGGACCCACGCACUCUGGAACUGCGCCGCGUGCCUGCCGAGCUGAACCAGAUCCGACCUCUGGCUAGCCACCUGGCGCGCUUCGGUCGCGUGCUCCACAUCCAGGUGGGGCUCGGCGGCGACCCCGAGUCGGCCCUGGUGACCUUCUCCAGCGCGGAGGAGGCGGCGGCCGCGCUCUCGUCGGCCGAGCUCCUGCUGCCGUGCGCCCAGGUCACCGUGCUCGGCCACGCCGCGGCGUUGCCGGAGCGGCUGCCGGCGGCGGCGCGCCAGCAGAGCGAGCGGAAUGUGACGCCGCUCCAGCAGAGCGAGCGAGCUGUGAGGUCGCUCCAGCAGAACGGAGGAGCCGUCCGGCGCGCCCAAGACCUGCAGGCCGCCUCCGACAGGCUGCAGGCCAAGCGGAAGGAGGGCCGACAGCGCGUCAGGCUGAUGGCGGAGCGUGCGCGGCUGGACCUGGAGCUGGAGCUGUUUCAGCGACAGAAGGCGGGCGUCGACACGGAACCGCUACAGCGGCGGCUGGCCGAGCUGCGGCCUCGGCCCGCUAAGUCAGCACCGUCCGGCAGGCCACUCGUCUACCUGCAGCCAGACUCGUCGGUCGCUCCGGUCGGGGUGGACUGA